AUGGCGGAAGAACCACAAGCCCGGAGAAGGCAGAAUGCGGAUGCAGAUUCCGAGAUAAUCCAUGAAGAUGUCAUCCCCACGGAGACGACGACACUGUUGAACUCCGAGACCAGCUCUCGGACGCUCCGGGACGGAUCGCCGGCCGGCAGCCGACGAGACCCGGGCUCGGACGAUGAGGAAUCUGACAAGCCCAAGCAAUCUAUCAGUUCCGCGAGAGCCUUUGUUCUUAUUCUUAGUGUCUGGAUGCUCAUCUUCCUUCAAGCGUCCAACACCUCGGGCAUGACGAUGACGCAGUCCGUCAUCGCCGAGGAGCUGAAGGCAUACGAAGGUGCAAUGUGGUUUACCAGCUCUUAUCUGAUAAGCAUGGCGUCGCUGGCCCCUUUGAUAGGGCGCCUGGCUACCAUCUUUCCGCCCCGGAACCUGGUGAUGCCCCUCGGUGGCUGCUUCGCUGUCGGAGGCGUCAUCACGGCGACGGCGCAUUCCUUCUGGGUUCUCAUCUUUGGAAGGAUAGUGACUGGAAUGGGCGGCGCUGGAAUCAUGACUCUGUCCGUCAUUCUGGUGCUGGAGCUGGUUAGCAAGAAGAGACGGGGUGUUUUUGUCGGCCUGGUGAAUGCUGGCUUCACAAUCGGCUUGUCGUUCGGUGCCGUUGUAUACGGAGCUCUUCUGCCAGUCAUCGGAUGGAGAGCGCUUUUCGGAGCCCAGACGCCUAUCGGCAUCCUCGCCGGCCUCGGCGCCUUCCUGAGCAUUCCCAAGUCUAUCAGUCCAGACGAGGAAACGAAGGGCAGGUCUGUUUCAAACAAGUUGGCCCGUAUUGACUACGCAGGUGCCUUUAUGCUUGUUGUCACAAUCUCACUAUUCCUUUACGGACUCUCAGGGGACAUCCAAUGGCUCCCUCUCCUUCUUUCGGCCCUGGGCCUCGUCGUUUUCAUUACAAUCGAGUUCAAAGUCGCCACCGACCCCAUAAUCCCCAUCACCAUCCUUUCCUCCCGCGGCGUCCUCCUCUCUUGCAUCGCCCAGCUUUUCUUCAUGUCCAUCCGCUGGACCCUGCUGUACUACACGCCUAUAUUCGUGCUAGCCGUCAGGGGCUACGCACCCGCCGUGGCCGGCUCCAUCCUCAUCCCGACAAACAUCGGCUUCGGGUCCGGCGGGCUGAUUGUGGGCUGGCUACAUAUCCGCCGCAGCGGCGCCUUCUGGCUGCCGUCGAUUAUUGCGCUCUCGUGCUUCGCGGCGACAAUGUUUGGACUGUCCCUGGUCGGCACCGUCGACGCACCCUUCUGGACGUUUAUCCUGGCCGUGGUGCUGAAUGGACUGGCCACGGGCGCGACUCUGAAUUACACCCUCGCGCACCUGUUGCACCUGAGCGACCCGGAGGAGCACUUCAUCUCGUCGAGCCUGCUCGGCACGUUCCGCGGAUUCGGCGGCAGUUUUGGAACGGCCAUCGGCGGCGGCGUGUUCUACCGCCUCUUGCGCUCCGGGCUAGUUGAGAGCUUCACCAAGCUUGACGGCGGACAUCUUAGCGUGGGCCGGGAAGAGUUGAUUUCCAGGCUCAUUGGCAGCCCGGCAUUGAUGUUUAACGGAGGUUUGAAGCCCAUUGAGCAUGCCAUCGCGGUGGAGCGGUACGCUGGUGCCUCGAGAGGCACGUGGCAGGCCGCUGCCGCGUUGGCUGUCGUUGCGAUUGUCAUACAAGCCAGCACGGGCUGGACCAGUCCUGUCGGUGCCAACGAAGCGGACGACGAGACAGAGGCGAGAGCGAGGCUCAUGGAAAAUGAGGGUGUUGGGGAGGCAUAA